AGGAGAAAGAAGAAGGAGGAAGAAGAGGAGGAGGAGGAGGAAGAAGAAGAAGAAAAUAGGUUGGAGUGGGAGAGAAGACCUGGAAGGGUCCAAGCAGAGCUGCUUGAUUGCUUUCAAGUGCAGCCUGGUGUCUACAGAGAAGUACUAACCUGAGUUAGAGAGCCAUGUCCUGGCUCUGUGACACCAGACAAGCCUCCUGUUUCCAUAUCUCAAUUAAUACAAUAGGGCCCUCUGUUACUCACAGUGUAUAUGUUUUGGUCAAUCUGUAAGUUUAGGAACUAAAGCCUCAUCCUAAUUAACUAAAUUUAUAGCAGUUAUCAGGAUAACCAAUAUCAUAUAGACUUAAACUAAAUUUUAUCCCCUGAGUGUCUGUAUUCAAGAGGAAAUAUAUUUUAUACCUGAGAUACAUAGCAGCAUCUCAACCCUAAUAUUCUUUUUUACAGAGUGCAAAAAUUUAUUUUUCUUUACUUUUUUAAAUAUUUGCUAUAUGCCUUGAGUAGCAUGUAUUCAACUCUGAAAAAGACAGUCUUGCCCUGAAGGAACCUACAGCAUAUUGGCGGAGACAUUUAGACACACACCUAUCAGGCACAUAGCGGAGCAUCUACCUCUACCAGGAAGAACCAGAACAAGCUUCCCAAGGACGCAAAGUCAAAGCUGAGAACAAUUAGAAGAGCCGUACGAAGCUCCCUGAAGAUUCAGUAGUGAAUAAAACACUCUGCCCUUAAGAGAUUCAUGGGCUAAAGAAGAAGAGAGCUCGUCAAGAACUUCAUUCUCAAAUAAUAUGUCAGGGUUCCAGAAGGCAGACGAUAGAGCAGUUGUCUGGAGUGGGGUGGAAUCAUCAUCAUGAAGCUUUCACAGGGAAGGGGGCAUUUGAACUUGAGCCUGAGGAAUAGGAGGAAUGUUCUUAGGGGAGAUGAUGGGGAGGAUAUCCCGGGACAAAUAAAGAGCAUGAGCUAAGGGCAUGAGGCUGUGAAUGGGCAUGCCCACGUGGGGACAAGUAAUUAGUUCAGAGCAUGGAAAAACAAGCAGAGUACACAGGGAGGAGAGUAGGCACACCUCACCAAUCUGAUUUGUUGCCUGUUCCUUGGCCCUGCAUAGUCAUUCUGCCUGAGAGCCAUCGGAUAAUCAAUGCUGGCAUUGUAACUACCUGUAAAGAGCUACUCCAGUGCUCUUUAUAAAAUACACAUUAGAAACACUGACAGGGUUUUUCUUUCCCUAUAUGAAAAACUUUUGGUUUAAAAGAUAGGGCAGGGUUCAUUAUAGAAAUCCAAGCACAAGCUGUGCAGAUAUCUUGUGCAACAACCUAAAUUCCAUAGCAGAUGAUGUCACCUAUAAAUGCCUUAUAAAUGGAGCAAGUCUCUGAGAGCAUCUGAACAGGUGAUCUGCACCAAUACCCAGCGCUACAGGCAUGGCUGUCUCAGUGCUGCGGCUGACAAUUGUCCUGGGACUACUCGUCUUAAUCCUGGCUUGCCAGGCUGAUGACAAACCAGAUCACAAGCCAGAUGACUCAGACAAAAACCCAGAGCAAGAAUUCCUAAAAUUCCUAAACCUCUUGGGCACAGAGAUCAUUGAGAAUGCAGUGGAGUUCAUCCUCCGCUCCAUAACUAGGAGCACAGGAUUUAUGGAAUUUGAUGAUAAAGAAGGAGAACAUUCAGCAAAGUGACUUCCCCAGGACACACCCACAAGGCUCCAGAAUAACCUAAGGGCAGCCAAUCCUGCUUUUCCAGUUCUGCUUUAUGAGUCCUCCAGAACAGAGGCCCCAAAAGGAGCUCCAAGCAAGUUCUCAGGAUUCAGGACCUGGCUCAGCCAAACCCAACUUAUUUUGAACAUCCUGACUGCAUUCUUACCUCUAGAAAUCAGAAUAAAUGUGUCUCCUUAGGGGUCACAUAUCCUAGGGAACUGAGAAGAUUUUUAUUGGUAGCAGUAGUAACUUUCCUGAGCAUAUUUAAAGUUUUUAAUUAUGCCAAAAAAAAAUAAAAUAUACAAAAGUUAUUAUUAGCCAGAAAAACCAAAGAAUGGUUCAAAAUAAGGAAGCUAAUGCCCAGAUAAAGUAACACAUCCAAAGUCACAGAAUUAGGAAAUGACAGAAAGGGAAUUUGAACCUGACUCCAAAGAACAAACUCUUAACCCAUAAAAAUAUAUGAAGUUUCAGAGUUCAAAGCUUCAUAUGUUCUUUUUGGAAAGUCUUUCAAAUACAUCUGAGCCCACUCUCCUCGCUAGGUAAACUAAAAACCAACCAUUUUUCAAAUAAACAAGCUUAUUACUUGUUCCAGAGAAUCUUCAUUAUUCCUACAGAAUAGCAGAGUGCCGGGGAUGGGAGAGUCCUGGAAAAGUCCCACGGAGCUCUUAAUUUGCUCUACCACCCCUUACACAGAGGCAGGGCCUGGUAGCUAUUGCUACCGUACUUGCCAACUUGGUCUUAGAAGAUGGAACCCCUGUAUAACCUGACCCAGCUGAGCCAGAAAGAUUCUCCCAGAAUUAUUUGUGUGGCCAGUAAGACCAGACUGAAAUCAUGGAGCAUGAUGAUAAUUAUGGCAGUGCUCUAGAAUAAAGGAUGUCUGUACUUCUGCUACUGGGUUCUCAACAGCUGUCCUGCGUCUGGCCUUUCCUAAGCACUCUGACUCUGAAAGAAACACCAGUGUUUCAAUAAAUCUUUUGU